AUGACGAUCAAGUCGGGGGUGAUUCAAGGUCUGCUCUCGCACAUCAGCUCCUACGCCCAGGUCUUGCAACUGAGCGUCAGUACUCUGUCACUAGGAUCAUUACGCGCACAACAGAAAUCACAAGACGAGGUUCAAAAGGAGAUCAAAAAGCUUACGCAACAAAUCCGAUCUGCCGACCUGUUCGCGAACCAUGCUUGGACCCGACGCCCAAGCGCAAUAAGCUGGGGCGAUACGGAGACACGCUUUGACGACACUGAGGCGUUGAAGCAAGAGAUCCAUGCGUGGAGGAUAUCUGCAGAUGACGUUGCGGCGGCUGCGACCUUGCAGGACUCGAAGAAUAAUUUAUCAGACACUUCGCUGGCCCAACUGAUAUCGGGAAGGUCGUCCAUUCGAACAGCGCCCUCGACGAUAGGCGUCGAAUCAGACCCGAAAUUUGAUGACUGGGACCCGCAGCCGCAUAGAAGGGGGACCAGCCUGGGCCGCGACAUCCUCGAGGUGCAGUACGAAGAAAACCAAAGCAUUGUACAACAGUUGGAGGACUGUGGCAUCUUUCUCCGGGCGUCGUCGUUUCAGAAGAGAGGUAUUGAAAUGAGAGAGCAGCUCUGCAGUCCGAACCACGGCGUAGAGUUUCCGUUUAACGAUCGAGCCGCUAUGAAGGAAAAACUUGCCGACAUUCUCCUUUCGUGUGAAACGAGCGCCGAAGAUUCAGAGGCCCAGGGUAUUCUGCAAGGCGUCCUCGCCGAGGAGGCUGUUCAGCCGGAAGACCAGCAGGACCAAGUCCGACUUGGCCGUUUAUACCACAAGCUUGGCAGCCUUUUCCGCCGGCACGGCAACCUGGACCAAGCCGAAGAGUUCCUGAGUCGAGCUCUCGAAGACAGACGAAAUUCCGGUACCGUACCUGCUCUUGAAGUCCAUCAAACUGCGGAGCUUCUGGUCGAUGUUCUGCAAGAGCAAGGCAAGUUUGACGAGGCUCGAGGAAUCCGGAAACGACUCCGGCAGAUAUACCCAGACGAGAACAACGAUAGCCCAGUAGAAAGCAAUGAGCUGUCGAGAGCAUAUGCUUGGUGCACCGAACACGGGUUCGAUAUCGACGCUGAGACUUUCAGCUUCAACGCCUACAGUGAGGAGCUCAACACGACGCCAGUGCACCUGGCUCUCACUGAACGUGAUACCGAGAUCCUGCCUCUGAUGGUAAAGCAUGUAGCUCAUCUGGACGAUGAAAGUCACGAGAACCUAGCCACACCUCUUUUGCUGGCUGCCUCAACGAGGAAUCGUCUAUCGGUCGAGAUACUUCUCCAGUACGGCGCCAACGUCGAUCAUCGAGACAGUCACGGCAUGAGCCCUCUCCAUCGAUGCCAAACUCGAGAAGGGGGCGUGCAAGUGGCCACUCUUCUCCUUGACAAGUGUCCGGAUGUACUGGACAUGGUUGACAAGCAGGGUAAAACAGCCCUGUACAUGGCCUGCGAGAAGGGAAACAGAGAGAUGGUCAAGUUCUUGCUCGGGAGGGGCGCUGAUCCCAACAUUUGCCAGAGGACACCGGGUACGGAACGAGCCAGCACUGAGAAUGUGUGCACGCCGCUCAUUGCCGCGAUCAAAGACGUGCCAGAUUACACGUGCAAAGUUGCCAUUGUGGAGGAUCUUCUUGUUCAUAAGGCGAACCCACAAUUGACUGAUGCGUACGGUGAAACUGCUUUCGUAGCAGCAAACGGUCUUGGGCUGCCUCGAGACAUAAUCAAAGAUCUGCUGCACAGGUUCCUCAUGCGGGAGCGACGCAGGGUCGACGAGACGAAGAGGACUGAGGCUAGGCUCUCUGUUGAGCAAGACUAG